AUGCGUGAUUACAGCACUGAUAUUUGUGAAAGCUAUCCCGGAUCUUUAUUUUCCAGUUAUUUUCCACCAUCAUGGAAGCUACCAGAACAUUUAAAAGUCACAGCACCACAACAAGCAAAUUUGAAAAGCGAUAGGCGAAAUGACAAUUCUCCUCCAAAAUCCGGAUUAAGUGACACAUCAGCUGGUGGUGGUAGCGAAUCAGAUGAUCAUUCACCAUAUCUGCCUGCGAACCAUGAUUCCAGCUCAGAUAAAGGCAUUCAUGAAAGUAAUCCACCCACUGGUGUUUGUAAAGCUUCACUAGUAAACAUUGCUGCUUCACCUAAAAAUGGUUUGUUACGCUCACAUGAAUAUCCGGAUGACAUCUGCUGCCUCAAAUCAGCUAAUAUCUGGAGGAAGCUACCACCAAGAUUGCCAGAAAUCAUGAUAGUGAAAAAACCAGGACCAAAGCCACUUAAAUCGAAAUCAUUUGAAUCUCCAAGGCGUAUUUUUCAUACAUCAGAUGAAAGCACCCAAUUAGAUUUUAGCACAGAGAUGAUUUCGCCAAAGGCACUGCCAAUGGCCAAUGCAGAAUCUGGAAAUGAUACAAAUAAAAUUACCAUUUUCUUAUCCGACAAAAAUGGAUUAAAUGUGGCAGUAACAGCUGAUAUUGGCAUGAAGCUUAUCAAUGAAGAUGGGUCAAAAAAAAGAAUUAAAUGCAUUAAAAAGCAAAAAAUUUGUGUCGAUGACAAAGUUUUUUAUGAAGAUUGA